GUAUACAUAUAUCAAGGAUGUCACGAAAUAUCCGAGUACCGAUACCCAAAAUCCGAAAUCCGGACCAUCCUUCUUUAACUCUCUUCCUUUAUAUUUUUUCUAUAAACUACAAAUAAUUUUAACAGGCAAUGCGUGCUUUACUCAAAUCUGGAGAUACCCAAAAAGUUAUCCUUUUUGCCAAUACAGCUAGAGAUAAAGACAUUUACCGAAUGGCUGGCAAUUAUUUACAAAAUUUAAAUUGGAAAGAGAAUGCUCAAUUAAUGAGGCAAAUUGAAGCAUUUUAUUUAAAAGCUGGGGCUGUUGAUUUACUUGCUAAUUUUUAUGAAGCAUGUGCUCAGGUAGAAAUUGAAGAAUAUCACGAUUACGAAAAAGCAGCAGCUGCCUAUUCUGAAGCUAUACGUUGUUUAAAUAAAAAAAUAGAUAAGGGAAAAGUUGAUGUUAAAAAACAGCAACAACAACAAUUUUAUUUAACAGAGAGACAAGAACAAUUGAGAGAAACUUUGGAAAUAAUACAGCGAUUUUUGGAUAUUAAAAUGUUAUAUGAAAAGGAUCCAGGCGAAUCUAUGAGGCAAUUGGGUGAAUUUUCUGAACGUCCAGACAUUGAUUCGAUUGUUCGGUUAGGUGAUAUUUAUGCUAUUCUGAUUGGACAUAAUGUUAAAAGGAAUAAUUUUAGAAAGGCUUGGAGCUUAAUUGAGCAUUGCGAACAACGUUCACGUCCACGAAUAGAUGUUAGGAAUUAUUUAAAUAAAAAUACUUUGGAUCAAAUUUGUGAUAAUGUUGGAGUGCCUCGUUUAAAGAGUGCCAAGUCUAUAAAGGAAGAGGAAGAAGAAAAUGAAAAAGAAACUGCAGAUACUGUUGAAUUUAGUCAUUCAUUAAGAAGGCAUAUUGAUGCGGGAUCACCAUAA